UAUAAUUAUCGAAAUUAUAGAAAUUAUAGAAAUUCAGAGAUGAAAAUCUUUAGUUUAUCAUAAAAGCUGGUUAUUAUAUUAUCCUGUUUUACUAUAUGCUACAAUAUCUUUAUGCUACAUAUUAUUAUAUUUCUUUAUAUACUUUUUUUCUCUUAAAAAAUAUACUUUUAAAAUAAUAAAAAUUUACUUUUCUGUUUUCUUUUCUUUUUUCACUGUUUUUUAUCAAAAUUAUUGUCAUUUUCUUAAAGAUGAGUUAAUAUUGAUAAUUAAAAAGCUUUAUUACUUAUAGUAAAUUGUACAUUAUUUUAUAAUAUAUUAUGAGUCUUUACUGAUUUUCUUGUGCACAUAAUUGCAUAAAAUAGUAUGAUAAUAAAAUAGUAUAUAUAACAACAAAAGUUACAUAACAAUAGCAAAAAUAAGUCCAUGCAUUUACUUCGUACAGGAAAGCAAGCGACAUAUGGACUAAUAACAUCACCUAAGUGAUCGGCAUAAUUUGAUGAGAAAUAAUUUUUUUUCUCUCUCAUUUGUCAAAACAGAUCAAUCGUUUUAAUAUACGUAAGUACCGUAACAUAUGUCGCUAAUACAAGGAUUCAACCAUCAUCAGACUAUCGACACGUAAUCGUAAUGUAUCCGGCGAAUAAGCAUCAACAGACAUUCAGAGUUCAUUCACAGUGGUGAUGAUCAUGACGAUCACUAUACAACAAGCUUUGCGUCCUCUUUUUCUCACGUGUUUUGUCAUUGGUUUAGGUGCUUAUCCCAUAAAACAACCACACUUAAGGAUUCGAUGGGUUACAUACUUAAGUAUACUGUAUUCUUUGACAUUUUGGUCUCUUUAUAUAUACGUCCUUUACUAUGUGACAACUGUAUUUACCCUGCAAAGAAUAUUUUUUACUGUUAUUAAUUUUAUUGUCUUAAUGAUUAAUAUACUUGCCACAAUUACAUCCAGUUUCGUAGGUUUCUAUUAUCACAAGGUAUAACUAUAUUUUCAGUAUUGACGUUAAUUUUGCACUCAUAUGUACUUAUACAGGGUAUCUCGCGUGUCCAAUCACUCUCCUACAGGUAGAUCUCGUUAAACUGUACUAAACUGUCUUAUAUCGUUUUGCAAUUAAUCACGUACGUGGUGGCACGUGUCUUGGCACGACUUUUAGACGUCAAAAGUUGUUCCUACAAGAUUUAUCUCACUGUAUCUCACGUACGGAUUCACUAAUCUUCUUUUAUUCAUAUCUCAAAAUUUACGUGAUUGCAAAGUACAUGACUUUUUAUUCAAUUUGACGAGAUCUAUCUGUGGGCGAAAGGUGUUUCGGCUCGAGUGGGAUACUCUGUAUAGAAUAUAGUUUUUUUGUGUCAGAUCACAGUUAGCACUUUACAUAUAACUUUACAUAAUAUUCAAAUAGCUAAAGUAAUAUGCUAUAUAUUUGUUAACAGAUGUUACAUAAUUAUGUUUUAUAUUUAGAAUAGUUGCAGAAAUAUAAUAGAAACCUUGAUAUGUAUUAUAUUAUUGCCUAAUAUUAUUUUAGAAAUUUGAGAUGUGUAUGAUUAAACUUGACGCUGUGGACAACACUUUAGAACAACUCGGCACUCCGAAAAUGGAUAAACAGAUAUUCAUGUGGUCAAAGCAAAUAAUAAUUGGAUGGUUCAUAUACGUUUUUCUCAUGAAUAUCUAUAAUGUACAAUAUUAUGCCCAAUACAUAAGUAUUUUUUGGGCACUAGUCCUGUCAGGCAUAGUACAUUAUUCCACUCAUGUCAACAUAUUAGUGGAUUGUUUAGUUGUUAUUUUGUUGUGGUAUGUCGGUAAUAGAUUUGAUAAAGUACACGAGCAUAUAAAAUGUCUGGUGGGAAAGGAAUUAGGGAUGAGGUAUACAUGGAAUAGACCAAUAAUCGCCAUUAAUAAAUCAACCAAUAAUUACAAACAAGUGUUUUGGACCACAAUGUAAAACGAUAAACGUAUUAAUAUUGCAUAGUUUAAUAAUUUGUUAUGUAACAAUUAAGCAAUAAAUAAUAAAAAACUAUUUCUUCUAAGCUGUUAUAACUUCUGUGUUGCGUGAUAAAACCAAAUACGUUUUUACAGGCACCUUUACUUAGAAUUACAUCGCAUCGCCCGUGAAUUAAACUUAAUGUUCGGAAUGAAGAUGACUCUUCAAACAGCAUCUUAUCUUCUAUAUUUAACAGCGUUUUGUUAUCAUAUGUUCUUAUUCAUAAAGUACGAAUAUCGAAAGGAUUUGUCGUUCUUUGACUGGUUUAUGAUAUGUGUUUGGACUUCUUUAUUUAUAAUAAGGCUAUACAUUAUAAAUUAUAUCUGUGACAGUGUGAGAUACAAGGUAAAACGCCAUUUUUAAUAAAAAUAUGCAUUCAAUAAUAAUUAAUCAUCAAUUUCAGGCUAAUGGCAUUAACAAAACAAUUGAUCAACUGACACAUGUCAUGCGAUACGCUGAUAUAUGGGAAGAGGUAAAAAAAUGUUGUGACAACACAAAGCAAGCGAAGUAAAUUAUUUAAAAUAUAAUAGUUUUAAUUAUUUAUUUACAGAUUUGCCAGUUUAUUUUACAAGCAAUACAUCAUCCAUUAAAAUUCACUGGAAUGGGUCUCUUCGAAUUUGGUCAAAAGUUUUUUUGGAAGGUUUAUACUUACAUUUAUUCUUGUUUGUUAUUUAAUUAUUGCACACACACACACACACACACACACACACACACACAUCAUAUCUAGUAUAACUGUCAAAACUUUAGAAAGUUAUCUUAAUAAAAUUAUUUUGAGGACGCUAUCUCAAUUAUUAGAUUGAUUAGUAUAAUACUAUUCUUUCACAUUACAUAUAAAUAUUAGAAAUAAAUAUAUACAUAUAAAAAUCUUAUAAUUCUUAGUUUUUAACUUAUUUUGUACCGUUACGUAAAUAUGUACUAUUACAAACAUUAAAACUACAUUAAUAUAUCUUUUUCAGUUCUGCAUCACUAUUGCAACAUUUGUGAUGAUUAUGAUACAGAUGAAAGUACCUAUCAAUCUGACAUUUGACAUUUAAACAUUUUGCUAUGAUAGAAAUAAUAGAACUACUAAAUUCUCUAAAAACAAUAAAUAUUAAGAAAAAGUAUUAACAUUACUUUUCAUAAUUACAUUUGUCGAUUAAAUGUGAUAUUUAGAUUCAUAAAACAUUGGUUAAAUAGAUGUAUGAAAUUACAACACUAAAACAAUAACCAUAUAUUAAAUAUGUAAGCUCAAUACCUAUAAGAAUGCAAUUUUGCAAGUAUAUGUAUAAUAUUAAUAUGAACAAUAAUAAAUGCAUAUCCUUCAUACAAAC